UUACAGUGAGGUCCAAACUUCUUUUAGCAGGGGACUUUGUACCGAAAUUUCCCUAAUGGUCACCUUUGUGUUCUUGGCACAGGCGGUGCAGCCGGAGGAGCUCAGCUCAGCUGGUGAACGUGGGAGCAAAAGGAGCUCGAGUGCAGCAGAUGUGGGCCAGGCAGCGAGGGCAGCUUCUGGGGAUGGCGGCGUGGCUGUGAGCUGCCCCAGCCUUCAGCUCCAUGCCUACAGCAUUGAGGGCAUGACCACAUUUCAGAAUGGCUGUGGGAACAGCAACGCCAUCGCUUGUAUCAUGAUGGAUAACAAGGAUCCUCUGAACCUGAUGACCUCUGUCAGUCAUAAUGGGGGGUACAGCACCAGCGAUGGUUGUGAAGAGGAAACACAAGAUGAGAAACUCAGCCCUUCCAAAAUCAUGCGCUUCUUCUCCACUCCUCGGAAACGAGCCAAUUCCAGCUCUGACAGGCCUCGCUCUCUCAUUUUGAUGGGCAACUCUUCUACGUGGAAUGCUUUAUCUUCCAUCAGGAAAAUGGGAUCUUUCAAGAAGCUGAAAUCAUCUGUUCUGCAAGGGAUUCAAGCAAGGGAGUGCCCCGAUAUCCUAAAUGAGAAUGGUGUAGGCAAACACAACUCAAAUGGGGCGGUGGUGAGUGUUCAGACUAACAGGUAUUCCUAUUCAGGGCCUUUGCAGGAUUUCCAGAGUGCAGUGGAUGGUUUGGCAUCCGAUUGUUCUGAUGCUGAGGAAAGCGAUGAGUCCUUCCUGAGGAACACACACCGCUCACGCAGCAUCCGACGGGCUUAUGGUGCUGGCCGCAUCAACCUGCUCGACACGGAUAAGGCUCAGAGCCACCACAACAGCACCAGACCAACAUCUCCUGUCCUCACAGAGCCAAAGAUCUGUGAGAUUUUGGUGAAGGACUCUGAGAACAACAGGAUCAUCUACCGGAGAAGCAAAAGUUCAGAUAAUUUGAACUUUCUGAAAAAAAGCUCAUUCAAACGGAAGUCCACCUCAAACCUUACUGACCUCAAAGCUACGAAUGAAAAACAAAUGCCGGCAAGGACUGUGAGUGUUACUUCUGCUGACUCAGACAAAACAAAUGGGAACCCCGAGAGAAGAUCCAAGCGAUGGAAGAGCCCCAUCAGGGCAAAGGAUUUUGACCGAGUUCUGAAGCUUGUCAGUAAUGUUACAGAGGUUGCAUGGAAGAAGGAUGGCCCUAAAAGCACGGCUCCUUCCCCCAGUGAGCAGUCCCAGAGAACAAGGUCAAACAGCAGACUGCAUGAUGACUAUUCCCGCAGGGUUUCCAGUAGCACAGAUCAUGACAGAAAGAGGUGUACCUCCUCAGUAUCUAGUCUAGAUUCUUCUUCACCGGGAACACCUUGUCUACAAAGCCCUGUGGCUGCUCAGGAUAAAGAGGCUGAAAUGAAUGUAGCUCGUGCUGAAGACAAAAACCUCAGGACAUCUUCAGGUAUCGCAGAAUCUGAUAGCUUGUCUCCUACUCUGAGUGACAUCGGGCCAUUUCCCAACGAAGUGUUUGAUACGGACUCGGAUGAACCAAAAGCCCCCCAGCAGUUUAUAUGUGAUGCUGAACAUCCUCACGUCCCUGUCAGGCCGACUGCUCCAAAACCUCAAAGCCCCAGCAUGGAGAAAGUGAUGUGCAAUAUGGAUUUCCAGUGCUCAAACCAUCAUAGCACACUGUCUUUGAGCUCCACAGAGAGUGAGGAGAGAGGCGAGGUUGGACCAAAGCUGGGCAGGAAUCCCGUCUGCUUCCAGGAUGCUGUGCAAACCGUAUACUAUGACGAUGGAAAUGAGGACAGUGGCAUCAGCAGUCACUCUCAGCUGAGCCUCAAUUUAGCCUCUGGUGCAGAAGAAAAAAAGGAAGAGGUUGUUUCUGAUGACCAUUGGAAGAAGUCCCCACCCCAGGAUGAAGAAAAGACAGACACGCAAAGGGUCACGCCCAGGAGAUGGGGCUCUGGAAAAAGGUCUCGGCCCAGACCACUCUCAGACUAUGGCCAAAUGUCAAUCAGAAGUAUCUCUAUACCUGAAGAUGCAGUUGCUGUGGAGUCACAGAAGACAGACUACACGGAUGGACAAAAUCAGCCAGGACUGGCUUCUGUUGGGUCUGUGAUCCAAAGCAAUACAGUAGGCUACUCCAGAGGGCGAAAAAGAAGACCCAUCUCUGUAAUAGGUGGGGUCAAUUUCUAUGGAAGCGGUCCAGCAGAAGAAAUUGAAGGUCUGCUGACACAACCCACCACGCGGCCACCCGUCCCCGCACACCAGGUGCCCCCCUACAAAGCCGUCUCUGCCAGGUUCCGGCCCCUCACCUUUUCACAGAGCACUCCCAUUGGCCUGGACCGCGUUGGGCGACGGCGGCAGAUGAGAACAUCUAAUGGUGAGAAGUGCAAGUUCUUUUAGCUCUGAGUUUCAGCU